AUGUCCGACUCCCAACAUAGCAUACCAGCUCUCACAGCUCGCCACCCAACCACGCCCUCACGACCCCUGCUUCCAGAAGCCAAACCCACCUCCACCCUCCUCACCACUCUCCGCGCCCACCAAACCAUGCUCACAGACCUCUACAUCACCCAAAACAACGCCUACGUCGUAGCCUACACUGCCUUCGAGACACACUACGCAGCAGCAACUAGGACUACUUCUAUAGAGAUGCAGGAGGUCAUUGCGAGACUGCUCGGACAGCAGAAAGAGAUCAUGCUCUUCCAGACCUUCCUCUGGAGUUUCCAGAUGUUUGUUGCUGGCCUGGAGAGCGGCGAGACGCAUGAUCUGGACGAGGGGCAAGCGCGUGGACAGGAGGGGUUUGGUAGUGGAGGGACGAGGGGCUUCGAGGGCAUGUGGCGCUGA